AUGGCGUGGAAGAUCUUGCAGCCCAGCAAACGAAGUGGGCCCUACGAACUGCUGACUGGAGCUCUUCUGGUUUCGACACAAAAACACUCCACAACAAAAAGAGGAGCCUGCGUAGAAAGCUCUCCCGCGCCCUUGUUGUCCCUCAUGAGACUCCAUCCACACUGGAUCAAGGCGUUCUCGACUGACAGCUUCGCAAAUAAAGACGAUGACCAUCGUGCUGUAGAAAUGCUUGAAACUCUUCACGGUCCCAUCCCGAUCAUUGUCUGUAUGCCUGCGGCGGCUUUUGGCCAGCCUACUAACCAUAGUUCCAACCAGAGAAAUGAAGAAAGGGACGGUGCUCAUUCAGAGAUGCUUCUAGAGUAG